AUGAAAAUAAUAAAAAAAGAUAAAGAAGAAAUUAUUACAAAUUUUGAAGUACUUCAACUAUUAAAACAUAAAAGAAGAAUUGAGGAACAAGUAUUAUUAAAUGAAUUUGUUAAUAAUGUAAUUAGAUAUUUAGAAACAACACCAGCAUCAAAACAAACCAUUGAAUCAGUUAAAGAAUGUAAAAAGAGUGUAACUAAAUUAGCAGAUACAUCAGGUUGUAAAAUUUUAACAGGUGAAAUGUUACAAAUAUUAAAUAUUGCACCAUCAUCAGAAGUUGAAGUACAUUUAGUAAUUGAAGAUUGUGAGGAUAGAAUUGAUGCCAAAGAAGUUUUAAAAGAAAUUAAAAAUAGUUUAGGUGAAGAAGCUGUAAUUAGAGAUGAAGAUAAUUUAUAA